AAGCAGGGGCGAAACACCGGUACCUCGGCCAUUUUCGCAAGAAAAGUGAAACAAAUCAUGUCGAUGUUGUCGGCUCGUGUAACGGCCGCUGUGGCCAGGGCGCUCACAAGACAAGCCCCCCAGGCAACUAAAGGAUGUGUAGGGGCAGCCUUCGCAUGUCACAGAAAUAUCACAACUUCUAGACCAACAAAUGCUGCUGGAGGUACGGCCGAGGUAUCCUCCAUCCUUGAGGAGCGCAUCAUGGGCUAUACCCCAAAGGAGAGCAUGGAGGAGACAGGGCGUGUGCUGUCCAUCGGUGACGGUAUCGCUCGUGUCUAUGGCCUGAAGAACAUCCAGGCAGAGGAAAUGGUAGAAUUCUCCAGUGGGCUGAAGGGUAUGGCCUUGAACUUGGAACGCGACAAUGUUGGUGUGGUCGUGUUUGGUAACGAUAAACUCAUCAAGGAAGGUGAUGUAGUCAAGAGAACCGGUGCCAUUGUAGAUGUCCCCAUCGGUCUAGAGCUGCUCGGCAGAGUUGUCGAUGCCCUGGGCACACCCAUCGACGGAAAGGGUCCAAUCAACACCACCACACGUGCACGUGUAGGAGUCAAGGCACCAGGUAUCAUCCCCCGCAUCUCUGUGAGGGAACCUAUGCAGACUGGUAUCAAAGCUGUGGAUAGUUUGGUACCCAUUGGCCGUGGACAGAGAGAGUUGAUCAUCGGUGACAGACAGACUGGCAAAACUGCUGUAGCUAUUGACACCAUCAUCAACCAGAAGGGAUUCAACGAGGGUAAAGAUGAGAAGGCAAAGCUGUAUUGUAUCUACGUUGCUAUCGGACAGAAGAGGAGUACAGUAGCUCAACUGGUCAAGAGACUAACUGAUGCCGGUGCCAUUAAGUACACCAUCGUUGUGAGUGCUACAGCUUCCGAUGCUGCCCCUCUGCAGUACCUUGCUCCAUACUCUGGCUGUGCUAUGGGAGAAUUUUUCCGAGACAAUGGCAGACACGCUCUCAUCAUCUAUGAUGAUUUAUCCAAACAGGCUGUAGCCUACCGUCAGAUGUCCCUUCUACUGAGGCGUCCCCCAGGUCGUGAGGCCUACCCUGGUGAUGUCUUCUAUCUUCACUCCCGUCUUCUAGAACGUGCCGCCAAGAUGAAUGACGAGUUCGGUGGUGGCUCCAUGACUGCCUUGCCAGUCAUUGAGACCCAGGCUGGUGAUGUGUCUGCUUACAUCCCAACCAAUGUGAUUUCUAUCACUGAUGGACAGAUCUUCUUGGAGACAGAAUUGUUCUACAAGGGUAUCCGCCCUGCCAUCAACGUCGGUCUGUCUGUCAGUCGUGUUGGCUCAGCCGCCCAGAUCAAGGCCAUGAAACAGGUUGCUGGUUCUAUGAAGCUGGAGUUGGCCCAGUACCGUGAGGUCGCUGCCUUUGCCCAGUUUGGAUCUGAUCUUGAUACAGCUACCCAGAACCUUCUGAACAGGGGUGUCCGUCUGACUGAGCUUCUUAAGCAGGGACAAUAUGCUCCCAUGGCUGUGGAAGAGCAAGUUGCUGUCAUCUUUGCCGGUGUUCGUGGUCACCUUGACAAGGUAGACCCAUCCAACAUCACCAAGUUUGAGAAGGCUUUCCUUCCCCACAUCCGCAACAACCACCAAGCCGAGCUAGACGACAUCAGAAAUCGCGGAUCCAUCACCCCAGAGACGGACGCCAAACUCAAGGCCAUCGUCCUUAAGUUCUUGGAAACAUUUGAGCCAUGAAGAUAUUCUAAUUAGCAAUGCAUCAAAGAGUUUCUAGGUUAUUUACCCAAAAGCAGUUUUUUUUUCAGGGGAUUGAGAGAGUAUGGAUUUAGCAAAGAAUGAAAUUGAAUUGAAAGUUAAAACAAAUAUCCCUGAUAGCUGGACCGAGAUAUGAGCACCUUUUGGAACAUAGUCAAUACUUGAAAAGGUUUUUAUUCAAAAUAAAUCUAAAACCUAUUACAGUCUAACAUCUACUUAAACGAAUCAUCAAAAGUUAUAUAUGGUUAAAUUGCAUUCCUGCAACUUUCAGAAUUAUUUCCAUAUCCCUGUGUCUUAACUUUUCCUCAUCGCCAUUUCAAAGAGAGCCCCUCUACUAGUAUUGUUUUGGAAUUGAAAAUUUGAAUGUCUACGUAAAGGUGAAAUAUUUAAUGAAGACCUUAACACAGACCUGUUUUAUGUUAUUUAUUCAUUAAACUGGUCCUGUCACACUAGACAGUUAUACAAACAAGAAUUUGAAAAUGUAAUUAUUAAUACAGAGAUGACACAUAAAAACAUGCACGUAGACCAAAGUAGAUGUUCCAUAUUAUGUGAUUCAGCUUUAUUCAGUUUGUGAUGGUUUUAAAUCAUUGGUUUGAUGAUAUCAAAAAAAUAAGUUUCUUCAAGUAGGAAUUUUGCCAGUUUGAGAUUUCAGAUGAUACAAGGUUUCUUUAAAGUAUACAUAUCUGAUUUGUCAGUGGCUGGCUGUAAUAAAAUAUUUGGUUGAAAGCUUA